GUAGCGCCGCGGCCCCAAACUUGCAAAAAGCCCGCAGCCAUUUGCCAGCUUCCCAGGGGUGCAGCCGGCGUGGGAGCGGCAGCCUCCCGCCCCCGGGGAGAAAACAACAAAAAAAAAAAUAUAUAUAUAUAUCUAAUAAGGAUAACAAAGGGGGGGAGGGAAGGAAAGGGGUUGCCCGUGCGCCUCCCCUGCGCCAGGGCUGCAGGUGGGGGAUCUGCCGCUUGGGUCCUGCUUGGAAGCGACCUGAAGAGGGAAAGUUUCUGGCCUCUUCUCUUCCCCCUUUCUCUCUUUUUCCCCCCUUUCCACUUGCCUGGCGGCACCAUGACGGCGUCUCCCGACUACCUGGUGAUCCUCUUUGUGACCACGGCGGGCACCAACGGGGCCAGGCUGGGCUCGGAUGAGCGGGAGCUGCUCCAGCUCCUGUGGAAAGUGGUCGACCUGAGGACUAAGGAGCUGGGGCACCCGCACAACGUGCUGGUCAGGCCCGACCACCCGGAGCUGACUGCCGAGUGCCAGGAGGUCACCAAGGUGGACGUGGAGAGCCUGGCGCUGGCUCCGCCGCUGGAGCAGGCAUUGAGACAGUUUAAUCAGUCCGUGAGCAAUGAGCUGAACAUUGGUGUAGGUACUUCCUUCUGUUUCUGUACUGACGGGCAGUUGCACAUUAGACAGGUUCUGCAUCCUGAAGCUUCCAAAAAGAAUAUCUUGCUGCCUGAAUGCUUCUACUCCUUUUUUGACUUGCGGAAAGAGUUCAAGAAGUGUUGCCCUGGCUCACCUGAUAUUAGCAAGCUUGAUGUUGCGGCCAUGACAGAAUAUUUAAAUCUUGACAAGAACAGUUCAGCGCUUCCCUAUGGAGCCUCUCAAGUUGAAGAUAUGGGGAACAUUAUUUUAACGCUAAUAUCUGAACCAUACAAUCACAAGUUUUCAGAUCCAGAAAGAGUGAACUACAAAUUUGAAAGUGGGCCUUGCAGCAAGAUGGAACUUGUGGACGACAAUGCUGUCAUUCGAGCAAGAGGACUACCUUGGCAGUCGUCUGACCAGGACAUAGCGAGGUUCUUCAAAGGCUUAAACAUUGCCAAGGGAGGUGCUGCACUCUGCCUCAAUGCCCAGGGUCGGAGGAAUGGGGAGGCUCUCGUGAGGUUUGUAAGUGAAGAGCAUAGAGACCUAGCGCUGCAGAGACACAAGCAUCACAUGGGAAAUCGAUACAUUGAGGUAUACAAGGCAACAGGUGAAGACUUCCUUAAAAUUGCAGGAGGCACUUCCAACGAGGUUGCACAGUUCUUAUCGAAAGAAAACCAAGUGAUUGUCAGGAUGCGAGGCCUUCCUUUCAAUGUGACAACGGAAGAAGUGCUGACGUUCUUUGGCCAGCACUGCCCUGUAACAGGAGGGAAGGAGGGAGUCCUAUUUGUCACAUACCCUGACAGCCGGCCAACAGGGGAUGCCUUUGUGUUGUUUGCUUGCGAGGAAUAUGCGCAGAAUGCACUGAAAAAGCAUAAGGACUUGCUGGGAAAAAGGUACAUUGAACUCUUCAGGAGCACUGCAGCAGAAGUUCAGCAGGUGCUGAACAGGUACUCUUCCACGCCUCUCAUUCCUCUCCCAACGCCUCCUAUUCUUCCAGUAUUACCUCAGCAGUUCGUGCCUCCCACUAACGUCAGAGACUGCAUACGUUUGCGUGGCCUCCCCUAUGCUGCCACUAUUGAGGAUAUCCUGGAGUUCUUGGGGGAGUUUUCUACAGAUAUUCGGACCCAUGGCGUCCACAUGGUACUGAAUCACCAGGGACGUCCGUCGGGAGAUGCUUUUAUUCAGAUGAAAUCUGCAGACCGAGCUUUUCUGGCUGCACAGAAGUGUCACAAGAAGACUAUGAAGGACAGAUACAUUGAAGUCUUUCAAUGUUCUGCUGAGGAGAUGAACUUUGUAUUAAUGGGGGGCACUUUAAAUCGAAAUGGCUUGUCCCCACCACCAUGUAAGUUACCAUGCCUUUCACCCCCUUCCUACUCCUUUCCGGCUCCUGCUGCAGUUGUGCCAACAGAAGCUGCUCUGUACCAGCCAUCCAUGCUCCUGAACCCACGAACACUCCAGCCCUCCACGGCGUACUACCCUGCUGGGGCUCAGCUCUUCAUGAACUACACAGCGUACUACCCCAGAUUCCUCCAAGCUUUCUGGUGUUUUGAACAAAUGCAGCAAACCUAGAUGGACAUCGUCAUCAUAUUCUCAGAUUUACCAAUUCUCAAACCAGUUAUGCUCAAGAGAAAUCAUCAGAGCUUUGGAACUAUGGACCUCUAGAUUUUAAGUUAAUGCACAAUUAACACACACUGUCGUCAGACCACUCAGCCCUUCACUGAGAGCACAGAUACUGAAAUCAUGCAAUGCCUCGAGGGUUUCUUGUUGUUUGUUUUUUAAGUAUUAAGCUGCUCUUAAAAUAGAAAUAGUUUAGCCAGCACCUAAAACCUCUAAUACUAUAACCUUUGGGAUAUGAAAAAAAGCUUUCUUUGUCUAAUUUUGCACACACUUCAAAUUUUUUAAAAUGUUUUUAAGACCUAAUUGUGUAUUUGAUACUUUUAUCAAACGUUGUUUUCAUGUCUUGUACAUAUUUAUCUGAUUGUUCUGUGCAAAAGAAGCCUGUGUACUUCAUCAUAUCAGUUGAACUAGAUGUGCCUUACACAGCACACAAAUGUAAAAUUGUCUGAAGAAAAAAAUUCUGUAACUGUAAAAAAAAUAAUAUAUAUAUACGCACAUAAAUGUGGGAUGUUAAAUGCUUUGCCUCUGAUUCUUACCUUGUACAUGUUCUAUAUCUGUGUACUUACAUUGAAAAUGGCUUACAGGUGCAGAUAUCUCCAAAUCUCAGGCAUGCUGUUUAUUCAGAAACUGACAAGCAGUUAACCCCUCUCAUGCUGUAGUAUUCCUUAUUUUUCUACCCUGCUUAGUAUAUAGUGAUCUCAUAUUUUCUGUUGUGAGACCCAGCAAGCAGUCUCCUUUGAGGGAGAGCAGCAUCUUUACAUACCUACUAUACUGUUAUUGGUAUUGAAGAAUGGAAGGGGGAGGAUGUUAGGAAAGCAUGUUAGAAAUGUCUUGCAAGUGCAAAAGUUGCUGCCAAGCAAGAUAAAGUGUUUGGCAAAUCAACCUGUCUCAUUAUUUAAGAACGCACAAAUCCACAAUGCUCUGCUUGGUUAUACUCUCCUCCAUCCACCUCCAGAAGCAUGUAUCCUAGGGAUCGGUCCUUGUUCUGCUUCCCCUGGAAAGCACAGCCCAGGGAUGCGCUUGGCUGCUCCUUCCCCUCCCAGAGGCAGGUGCUCAGAGCUGCGUGUGCGUUUUAGUCCAAGGCUCUCUAAAACGUGCGGAUGGUCCAUGGUGGGAGAAGCUGGGACCAGAGUCUGCUGGAGAUGCUGAGCUUCACCUCAGGUUCUUUCUCUUGUUCUCUGUGAUGCUGCUUUCACCCCCAGCUGCUGUUUUGCUCUCCAGUACCUGUGUGAGUGCCGGCUGGCUGCACCCUUGUGCUCCCUCUUCAGCAGACAGAAUGGUAGAAUGUUAGGACCCUAACUUGUUUCUGUGACACGUGCUACGGUGCCUGGGAGACCACAGGAAACCUCAACAGUUAGGACAAUUUUUGUAAAGUGCUCUGGGUAGGGUUUGUGUAUGUUCCUCUUAAAGCAGUAUAUGUUUACUGGAUGCCUAAAUCCACAACAGUGCAGUGGUAGCUAUGAAAGUACAAGGGAAAAAUGGGGGUGCCAAGGCAGAAGACUUCCGGCCAACGCAAGUGAUAAUGCAAAUGAGACUAUAUCUCAUCUUAAAAACUGACAUUUUCCCCCCUUCAUUUUCUUCCUGUUUCUUCCCUCUGCUCUUUCCUGUGUGCCACCAAUCCACACUUCUACACUUCUUCUCUCCCCCAAAACCACAGUACAACCCCAGCAAUCUAGAUUUAAAUUUUCUUCUGGGAACCUUCACAAUGUUAGAGUCCGAUGUGUUUGACUGGGUAUUAUUUUAAAUCACUGUUCUGUAAAUGUGAGUAUACUGAGCAGCAUUAAUUGAUGCAAAAUAUUUUUAAAAUGGUAUUUCCAGCUUACCUUUCUUGGAAAACAGUUCUGCCUUUGAUUUUGGAGCACAAUGAUAAAUUGGCAGUUAUGCAGAGAAAAGAUUAGCCUACGUGAGCCACUCAGGGAAUGAUGGCAGAACAGAGCGCGUGCAUAUUAACUGCCUAGGAGGGCUCCAAGUGUGCAAACACAGACAGUGAAUGACUGGAUGGGAAGCAGUAGGUCAGAAAACGUUUGGAAGAAUAUAUCACAAACUGCACUCAAGCAACAACAAUGAAAUGC